AUGUGGCUUAUUCUGUUGCAAGCCAUAAGAUAUACGCAGUCCGCUCCAGUUCUAUCACCACUUCUUGAGGGAAAUGACGGUUAUCUUAUUAAGGAAUACAUUAACGCCAUCACUGCCUAUGGUCCAGGACUGGGACGCCAUAUUCCUACGUCGACCUUUCAUAUGACAACAUUCCAUUCGUUGGAAAGAUUCCUGUUCUUGGAAAGGAAGGUACUUCCUCCAAACUGGGAAUCUCUCCCUUCUACCCGCCACAAGGAAACCCCAGCAACCCUUUCCCACCCCUGUACAGGAUGUGUAGCCGUACCACUUGACGAAGAGGCGCUACAUGGAGAACCACUCUUCCCACCAGAGCUAGUCUUACCGUGGGAGAAAAAAGAAAAAGGUGAAGAUAAUACGGUCGAGAAGCCGACUGAUCCAUUUGGAAUCACAUCAGAGCUGGUUGAAAAGAAUGGACUAGUUUCAUGGCCUAAUGAGAAACUGGAUUCGUCAACAGGAGAACUAGAAGAAACCAAGGCAGGCAAGUAG